GUGUGCGUGUGCGUGUGCGUGUGCGUGUGUGUGUGUGUGUGGCCGUCUUUAAAAAUGCAUAGCAUCUCUCCAAACAGUGUCCUGACAAGCCACUCGUGCUCAUUGAAUAUCAGUCAUUAAAAUUUAGCGCAGGGGGCAAAGCGCGGCCUAGGUGAGGGUGUCAGGUUCCUCAUUCCGGCUGGGAAUGAAUUUUUCAAAGUCCUCUGCUACCUCUGGAGGCACCACUGCUAAUGUCUGCCUGCACGAGGCUGCACGCUCUGACGCCGCCGUUUGUUUUGCCUCUGCUGGUACUGUGGCUGAGGCGUGACAAAAGGCUGAAUCAACUAUAACAACAUGAUACUCAAGGUGGCUCUACUGAUUCACUUACUGCUGGUCGUUGACCGGGCUGAUUCCACAAAAGGUGUCAAAUGUGGAGGAGUCCUGGCUGCUCCGUCUGGCAAUAUCUCCAGUCCAAACUACCCGGGCCUGUACCCCUACAACACGGACUGUUCCUGGCUCAUUGUGGUGGCGGAGGGCUCCUCCGUCCUGCUCACCUUUCACUACUUUGAGCUGGAGUACCAUGCCAACUGCGCUUACGACUACAUCAAGAUCUACAACGGCAUAUCUGAGGACGCGGGGAACCUCCUUGGGACGUUUUGCGGCGACAUCUCCCCACCUCAGUUCACCUCCUCCUGGAACGUCAUGUCCAUCAUCUUCCACUCGGACCGGCAUGUGGCCUACAGGGGCUUCAGCGUCGGCUACAGAAAAGACGUGUGUGGUGGAGUCCUCACCGGCCUGUCAGGUGUGAUCUCCAGUCCCGGCUACCCUCAGGAGUACAGCAACAACGCCGACUGCUCGUGGGCCAUCCACGUGUCCAACACCAGCGUGGUCACCUUGGUCUUCUUGGACUUCCAGCUCGAAAACAACGAAGGGUGCAACUUCGACUUUGUCGCCCUCUUCGACGGCCCGACGGUCGCCCAUCGCCACCUGGGCAAAUACUGCGGGGCAGAUAGACCUCCCAACGCAGUCACCACCUCCAACCAGCUCCUGGUCGUCUUCAAGUCGGACUUCAACAUCGGGGGCCGAGGGUUCAAGGCUUACUAUUACUCAGGGGAAUGCCAGAGAGUCCUGUCGGCUGUGGGCGGCAACUUCAGCAGCCCCCAUUUCCCCGGCAUCUACCCGAACAACAUCAACUGCCACUGGAGCAUCACGCUCGCGGCCGGCUAUCGCAUCAAGCUCUUCUUCCCUCUGAUGGACCUGGAGGGCCGCAACGGCCUGUCCGACGAGUGCGACUACGACUCCGUGGCGGUUUAUGACGGGGACAGUCAGACGGACGCGCUGCUGGGACGCUGGUGUGGCCGAGAGCAGCCGCCCUCCCUCGUCUCCACGCGCAACACGCUGCUGGUGGUUCUCAGCACGGACCGGAACGAAGCUCACAGAGGGUUCACCGCGUCCUAUCUGGGAGUGGUACCUGUAAACGUUAGCUGUACAAGAUCAGAAUUCACCAUUUUGAUACCCCAGCAGUCCUUGCCUCAGCUGGACCGUGAGCGGAUCUACCUGGGCGACCCGACCUGCGCGUCCCAGUUAACGGCCACCUCGUAUAAGAUACAGACCCAGUUUGUCAACUGUGGUACUGCGAGCCAGAAACAUCGGAACAUCACCAUGAUGGUGAACAAACUCUACAUCGAUUUCUCUGACGGGAAGCAGCAGAAUGUGCAGGAGUACAAGCUGCAGUGCGAUGCCCUGCGGAAGAUCGCGUACGUGUCCAUCAUCUCUGCAGAGGAGCGUCGUCUCGAGGAGCAGGCCAAGCAACAAACGGACAACGACAGUGGCGGCGGCAAAGCCGGAAAGGAGGACACCGGGCCUCACGAUCUGAGCGAUAUCGUCUUCAUCAGCAUCUGCGUCCUGGCUGUUAUUCUCAUGGUGAUAGCUAUUGUUUGGCUGGUGUUGCUGUAGUGAUAUAUACUGCACAUGUAGUAUUCGCCAGCAAAGAUGGGACUACCAAUGCGGAGGUUA